ACCUUUUUGUGAUCGCCUUUGCUCUGAGCAAUUUUACACGGUGUUGUGAAUUUGAUAUUCUAACUAUUCGUGAUGGGUUUUAACAAUAUUUGGUACUCUCAUCCCCGUAAAUACGGCCAGGGAUCACGCUCUUGUCGAUCCUGUUCCAACAGGCACGGUUUAAUUCGUAAAUAUGGAUUAAAUAUAUGCCGCCAAUGCUUCAGGGAAUAUGCCAACGACAUUGGAUUCAAGAAGCUAUCAUAAAUCGUGAUGAGUGGCAGUUUGGAUAAGGAUGCUUAUUUUGUAACAUAUUAUUAUAAUAAAUAUCUGUUAUAAUAGAAUGUGUUUAAUUUAAUCUGAAAUACUCUGAAAAAUAAAG